GGAACCCGCAGGGCGCAGCGCGGGCACCCCAGAGCCGGCGAGGGGCCAGGCAGGUGGCUGGGGACGCGCGGACCUGGCCCUCGCAGCCUUCUGCAUGCUAUGUCGGCACAGCGGCCAGCGCUCAGCAGGUUUUCAGAUUUGCGUCUCACGAGGAGCCUUGGCGGUAGCGAGCGGAGAGGAAGGCGGGCUGCGCGGCCCAGGAGAUUCUCUUCACCAUGGCCAGACGCCCCCGGAGCAGCAGGGCCUGGCACUUCGUCCUGAGUGCAGCCCGCCGAGACGCGGAGGCCCGCGCCGUGGCUCUGGCAGGCUCCCCUAACUGGGGCUACGACUCUGAUGGGCAGCACAGCGACUCAGACUCAGACCCCGAGUACUCCACGCUGCCGCCAUCGAUCCCCAGCGCAGUGCCCGUGACCGGCGAGUCGUUCUGCGACUGUGCCGGGCAGAGCGAGGCUUCCUUCUGUAGCAGCCUGCACUCAGCCCACCGGGGCAAAGACUGCCGCUGUGGAGAGGAAGACGAGUAUUUCGACUGGGUGUGGGAUGACCUGAAUAAGUCAUCAGCCACCCUGCUGAGCUGCGACAACCGCAAGGUCAGCUUCCACAUGGAGUACAGCUGUGGCACGGCGGCCAUCCGGGGCACCAAGGAGCUCAGAGAGGGCCAGCACUUCUGGGAGAUCAAGAUGACCUCGCCUGUCUACGGCACCGACAUGAUGGUGGGCAUUGGGACGUCGGAUGUGGACCUGGACAAAUACCGCCACACAUUCUGCAGCCUGCUGGGCAGGGACGAGGACAGCUGGGGCCUCUCCUACACGGGCCUCCUCCACCACAAGGGCGACAAGACCAGCUUCUCCUCAAGGUUUGGCCAGGGCUCCAUCAUUGGCGUGCACCUGGAUACCUGGCACGGGACGCUGACUUUCUUCAAGAACAGGAAAUGCAUAGGUGUGGCAGCCACCAAGCUGCAGAACAAGAGGUUCUACCCGAUGGUGUGCUCCACAGCAGCACGCAGCAGCAUGAAGGUCACCCGCUCCUGCGCCAGCGCCACCUCUCUCCAGUACCUCUGCUGCCACCGCCUGCGCCAGCUGCGGCCGGACUCGGGGGACACGCUGGAGGGCCUGCCCCUGCCGCCAGGCCUCAAGCAGGUGCUGCACAACAAGCUGGGCUGGGUCCUGAGCAUGAGCUGCAGCCGCCGCAAGGCUCCAGCACCUGAUCCCCAGACAGCGGCCUCUGCCCGCCCCAGCAGUCCCGAGCCCCGGCCCUGCCAGAGGAAGCGCUGCCGCCGGACCUGACCGACUUCCCAGUGGCUGCCUCCCUAGGCUGGGACAGCCAUUCUUCUCUGUCCCUUCUGGCCACACUCCAGGGUGGAGUUGGAUGAGCCAUCUCUUACCUCCUGAGGCUGGAUCAGUCCUUUCUGUGGGGGCUCCAGGGCCCUUCCACUGCUGUGCUGGGUGGGGAAGCAGCUGCCCCAACCCCAGGUCUCCUGGAAGGCUGCGAGGAGAGCCUGGCUGGAGCCCGCUGUUCCCACAGGGACUUUGUUUCUCCUAACCUGCUCCGCAUGUUGUCAGCGGCUGCCCUGCCGUCAUAGACCUAAGUGACUGCAAUAAAUGUAGAGUUGUUGUCUAACACCCCAUGGCGGGAGCCAAAAUGUC